GUCGACAGAGGGAAGCAGAGGCAGCCGCAGGCAGCAGCGAGAUUCAGGACGCCGAGUGCACAGCUUUCCGGGAGGACCCGGGCCUACGCCCGCCCGAGGGCUGUUGAUGCGCCGCCUCCGUGCGCCCCUCGUCAAACGGCGGCGGUUACUGCUUCCGAGGUCAUUUAACUGGGACGCGUCUUUCGGUGCAGACUUGGCGCGCGCCUGCAGUAGCGGCACCAACCUGCGCCCAAACCCGGGCAAAUGACUUACCUCUGCCCUCGCCCAGUGCUCAGCUACCAUUUCCUUCCGUCUUUGCUCCGCUCUGUGUUUAACGGCGCGCGCCAGGCAAGACCGAGAACGGAGGCCGCAGGGCCCUCCAGGCCAGAUCUUUUCCGAGGAGGAUUUCCAGCCCCAAAUUUGAGACCCAUCUCCCCUCUCAGCCAGAACCGUGGGCUCGUCCGGAGGGAGGCACAAGUCAUCUCCCCCAGCAAACGGGCCCGGCCUGCGGAGAAGGGUGGCAUGCGGCUCCGCUUUGUCCGGCUUUCGGAGCACGCCACCGCUCCGACCAAGGGGUCCGAGCGCGCCGCGGGCUAUGACCUAUACAGUGCCUAUGAUUACACAGUACCACCUAUGGAGAAAGCCCUUGUGAAAACAGACAUUCAGAUAGCUCUUCCUUCUGGGUGCUAUGGGAGAGUAGCUCCACGUUCUGGCUUGGCUGCAAAACACUUCAUAGAUGUAGGAGCUGGUGUCAUAGAUGAAGAUUAUAGAGGAAAUGUUGGUGUUGUACUGUUUAAUUUUGGCAAAGAAAAGUUCGAAGUCAAAAAGGGUGAUCGAAUUGCACAGCUCAUUUGUGAACGGAUAUUUUACCCAGAAAUAGAGGAAGUUCAAGUUUUAGAUGACACUGAAAGGGGUUCAGGAGGUUUUGGUUCCACUGGAAAUAAUUAAAAUUUAUGACAAGAACAGAAAAUGAGAAAAUAUACUUUUUUCCUUGAAAAUAAAGGCUUUGCUUAAAAUGU